CUUUGAUCCUCCUGAUCUCAGCCUGCCAAGUAACUAGGAUUAGAGUCAUGAGCUGCUGGUGCCCAGUUUCUCCACAGACUUUUAAAACUUAAAUUGCUGCCAUUACCAAUUCCUCACACCAGCCCUUGCCUUGGGCCCUUGCCCAAGUUGUUUGACCUGCAUGAGCUGUAUGUACCAUACUGUGAUUUCCUUGUUGCCAGCCUGUCUCAGGCCUUUUUUAUGUUGCAUGGAGAGCUGUUAACUUGGGGCAGAGGGGAGAGGAAAACAUCUCCUUUUGACUCCUGGUGGGUGAUAGGUCCUCAUUUUGGAGUCUUAACAUGCUGCAGACUAUAUGCUGGUACUUGCUUUGGUCCUGGGUCCUGGUUCUGAGUGGGACUGGGGAUGUUAGGAAAAUAAUGCUCUAGAGGAUGUGGGUCCAUCCCAAGCUCAUAGAAACUUGGCUUCAGUCCUUGAUUUUUGUCUUCUGGUUGAAGCAUCCAUCUCUCCUGAGGCCCCUGAAUAGAGAAGAGCAUGAAACUGCAGUCUGAGAUCUAUGGAGGAGUUCUGGCUGCAGCCUGACAUGACCCUGGCAGGGGCCUGAACAGUGCCCAAACCUUGGGAGAAAUGUGGCAAAGCCCAGCCUGGACUGAUUGAGCUGGGCUACAGUACCUUUUUUGCUCAUGGUGGAAAGUGUCAAUUGUAUUCAAAUGUCCCCAUGACCCCAGUCUUCUGCCCUAGUGGGUCUCUCAAAGCAGAUCACUUAGCCAGGAUCCCUGCUCUCAUCCCAUGUGGAACAGGGAACAGGAUCCAGAGCAAAAAAAAAAAAAAAAAUUGCUUUGAUGGGGAGGACAAAAGAGAACAUGGAUAUCUCUGCAAAAUACCUGUAAAAUACCUACUCCUUUCUGGAAAGCCCUUCAGAGAGGCUUUUUAACCUAUCUGCAGCCAGGGGAACACUGGGAGAGAAGCCUAAUACUGUCAUUAGAACUACUGCUGCCCUGAUGGAAUGUUCCCAGGGUUUGUUGAUCAUUCUGUGCAACUCAGAGCUGAAGCUGGGUGUUAGAGGGGUGCUCUGGGUAUGUAUUCCUAAUGAGAGAUAUAAGGGUGUUGCCAGUGUGUAUGAGAGAAGUGGAUUUGAUGGGGUCAGGGGAGCAGAGUGCAAUUAUGAGAGACUGAUGGAAUAGGGAGGCCUGUGUCCCUGCCCACUGAUGCUGGGCCCCAUAAAGUGACAUUUCUGGGAUGGUCCCUGGCCCAGUUUUUUGGAGCAAGCUCUUGAGGGUGAGUAUAAGGGAGGGAAGGGUGGAACCAGAACCUGUUCUUUGGAGGACGAAGAAGGGUGGGCUCUGCGCAGGACUUCAUCCAGUCAUGAGGAGGAGGAGGGGCCAGUAGGGCCCUGGGUGGUUGCUAGGAGACCCAGGAACUGUGGCUCCACCCCCAUGGAGCAGAGGAGGGUGGGUGCAUGACGUCAGGUGGAGCUGGUGCUGCGGCCACUGAGGCUGCCAUCAGCUUAAGCUGGAGAACUGGGCCGGGCACAGCUCUGGUUCCUGCUGGAGCCUGGCUGUCCUGCUGUGCACCUGCAGGGGCCUCUGUGUCCAAGUGGCAGCCCUUUGCAGGCUGGGAAGCUGCUGGCUGGGAAGCUAAGGCUGCAUUGUUGGGAUUUGAUGCACUAAUCUCCUGUCUUCCGCCGCCUCUCCCUCUGUUCGGUCUCUUUCCCUCCCUCCCUUCGUCUGUCCUUCCUCCCUGUGUUUGUCUAUCCUCCUUUCUCCCUCCUUCUCUUUCCUCUCCUUGCUUUCUUUGGUUUUCUGCAAUGAUGAGACAGGCACCGACAGCCCGAAAGACCACAACUCGGCGGCCCAAGCCCACUCGCCCAGCCAGUACUGGGGUGGCAGGGGCCAGUAGCUCCUUGGGGCCCUCUGGCUCAGCAUCAGCAGGUGAACUGAGCAGCAGUGAGCCCAGCACCCCAGCUCAGACUCCACUGGCAGCACCCAUCAUCCCCACACCAGCCCUCAUUUCUCCUGGAGCAGCACCUCCACUUCUUUCUCCUUCCAAGGAGGAGGAGGGACUUAGGGCCCAGGUACGUGAUCUGGAGGAGAAACUGGAGACUCUGCGGCUGAAACGGGCAGAAGACAAGGCAAAACUUAAAGAGCUGGAGAAACACAAGAUACAGCUGGAGCAGGUGCAGGAAUGGAAGAGCAAAAUGCAGGAGCAGCAGGCAGACCUGCAGCGGCGCCUCAAGGAGGCACGGAAGGAAGCCAAGGAAGCUCUGGAAGCAAAGGAGCGCUACAUGGAGGAGAUGGCAGACACUGCUGAUGCCAUUGAGAUGGCCACUCUGGACAAGGAGAUGGCUGAAGAGCGGGCUGAAUCUCUGCAGCAGGAGGUGGAGGCAUUGAAGGAGCGUGUGGAUGAGCUCUCCACAGACUUGGAGAUCCUCAAGGCUGAGAUUGAAGAGAAAGGCUCAGAUGGGGCUGCAUCCAGUUACCAGCUGAAGCAGCUAGAGGAGCAAAACGCCCGCCUGAAGGAUGCCCUGGUGAGGAUGCGAGAUCUUUCUUCCUCGGAGAAACAGGAGCAUGUGAAGCUCCAGAAGCUCAUGGAAAAGAAAAACCAGGAGCUGGAAGUUGUGAGGCAACAGCGAGAACGCCUGCAGGAGGAGCUGAGCCAGGCAGAGAGCACCAUUGAUGAGCUCAAGGAACAGGUGGAUGCUGCUCUUGGUGCUGAGGAGAUGGUAGAGAUGCUGACUGACCGGAACUUGAAUCUGGAAGAGAAAGUGAGGGAGUUGAGGGAGACUGUGGGAGACUUGGAAGCAAUGAAUGAGAUGAAUGAUGAGCUGCAGGAGAAUGCACGUGAGACAGAACUGGAGCUUCGGGAACAGCUGGAUAUGGCAGGUGCCCGGGUCCGGGAGGCUCAGAAGCGUGUGGAGGCAGCUCAGGAGACAGUUGCAGACUACCAGCAAACCAUCAAGAAAUACCGCCAGCUAACUGCCCACCUACAGGACGUGAAUCGGGAACUGACAAACCAGCAGGAAGCAUCUGUGGAGAGACAGCAGCAGCCACCUCCAGAGACUUUUGACUUCAAAAUCAAGUUUGCUGAGACAAAAGCCCAUGCCAAGGCAAUUGAGAUGGAGUUGAGACAGAUGGAGGUGGCCCAGGCCAACCGGCACAUGUCCCUGCUGACAACCUUCAUGCCUGACAGCUUCCUUCGACCAGGUGGUGACCAUGACUGCGUCCUGGUGCUACUGCUCAUGCCUCGUCUCAUUUGCAAGGCAGAGCUGAUCCGGAAGCAGGCUCAGGAGAAAUUUGAACUAAGUGAAAACUGUUCAGAGCGGCCUGGACUGCGAGGAGCUGCAGGAGAGCAGCUCAGUUUUGCUGCUGGGCUUGUAUACUCUCUGAGUCUGCUGCAGGCCACACUACACCGCUAUGAGCAUGCCCUCUCUCAGUGCAAUGUGGAUGUGUAUAAGAAGGUUGGCAGCCUCUACCCUGAGAUGAGUGCCCACGAGCGCUCCUUGGAUUUCCUUAUUGAGCUGCUGCACAAGGAUCAGCUGGAUGAGACUGUCAAUGUGGAACCUCUCACCAAGGCUAUCAAGUACUACCAGCAUCUGUACAGCAUCCACCUUGCCGAACAGCCCGAGGACUGUACCAUGCAACUGGCUGACCACAUUAAGUUCACCCAGAGUGCCCUGGACUGCAUGAGUGUGGAGGUGGGGCGGCUGCGUGCCUUCUUGCAGGGUGGGCAGGAGGCUACAGAUAUUGCUCUUCUGCUUCGGGACCUGGAAACAUCAUGUAGUGACAUCCGCCAGUUCUGCAAGAAGAUCCGAAGGCGAAUGCCAGGGACAGAUGCUCCUGGGAUCCCAGCUGCACUGGCCUUUGGACCACAGGUAUCCGACACUCUCCUGGACUGCAGAAAACACUUGACGUGGGUGGUGGCUGUGCUACAGGAGGUGGCAGCUGCUGCUGCCCAGCUCAUUGCCCCACUGGCAGAGAAUGAGGGGCUGCCUGUGGCUGCAUUGGAGGAGCUGGCUUUCAAAGCAAGCGAACAGAUCUAUGGGAGCCCCUCCAGCAGCCCAUAUGAAUGUCUGCGCCAGUCGUGCAACAUCCUCAUCAGCACCAUGAAUAAGCUGGCCACAGCCAUGCAGGAGGGGGAGUAUGAUGCAGAGAGGCCCCCCAGCAAACCUCCCCCAGUUGAACUGCGGGCUGCAGCCCUUCGUGCGGAGAUCACAGAUGCUGAAGGCCUAGGUUUGAAGCUUGAAGAUCGAGAGACAGUUAUCAAGGAGUUAAAGAAGUCACUCAAGAUUAAGGGAGAGGAGCUGAGUGAGGCUAAUGUGCGACUGAGCCUCCUGGAGAAGAAGCUGGACAGUGCUGCCAAGGAUGCAGAUGAGCGCAUUGAGAAGGUCCAGACUCGGCUGGAGGAGACCCAGGCACUGCUGCGGAAGAAGGAGAAAGAGUUUGAGGAGACAAUGGAUGCACUCCAGGCUGACAUCGACCAGUUGGAGGCAGAGAAAGCAGAGCUAAAGCAGCGACUGAAUAACCAGUCCAAGCGCACAAUUGAGGGGCUCCGGGGGCCCCCUCCCUCAGACAUUGCUACCCUGGUCUCUGGCAUUGCUGGUGAAGAACAGCAGCGAGGGGGUGCUCCUGGGCAGGCUCCAGGCUCCUUGCCAGGCCCUGGGCUGGUGAAGGACUCACCCCUGCUGCUUCAGCAGAUCUCUGCUAUGAGGCUGCACAUUUCUCAGCUCCAGCAUGAGAAUAGCCUCCUCAAGGGAGCCCAGAUGAAGGCAUCCUUGGCAGCCCUGCCCCCUCUGCAUGUUGCAAAGCUUUCCCUCCCGCCGCAUGAAGGUCCUGGCAAUGAGCUAGCAGCUGGAACACUGUAUCGCAAGACCAGCCAGCUGCUAGAAACAUUAAAUCAGCUGAGCACGCACACCCAUGUAGUAGAUAUCACUCGCACCAGUCCUGCUGCCAAGAGCCCGUCGGCCCAGCUUAUGGAGCAAGUGGCUCAGCUGAAGUCCCUGAGUGACACCAUUGAGAAGCUAAAGGAUGAGGUCCUUAAGGAGACAGUAACUCAACGCCCUGGAGCCACAGUCCCCACUGACUUUGCCACCUUCCCUUCAUCAGCCUUCCUCAGGGCCAAGGAAGAGCAGCAAGAUGACACAGUCUACAUGGGCAAAGUGACCUUCUCGUGUGCAGCUGGCCUCGGACAGCGACACCGGCUGGUGCUGACCCAGGAGCAGUUGCACCAGCUUCACAGUCGCCUCAUCUCUUAAGCACUCCUUUCCUCACUGUUCCCUUGGAUCCUCAGCAUCCCUAGUGCUGCUCUGCCUGAUGCACAGCCACCUCAGCCAACCCCCAGGCCAAACCACGUGGGUUAAGCUCUUCCUUCCUCAUUCAGCUUCACUCCAAUCCUAUCAGUCUCCUGUUCCUGCCCUUAACAUGGGUUUCCCCAUUCUUAUCCCUGGCUUCCCAUAAUUUGCUGUUCAGCUGCUCCUUCUUUCUGAGGGGCUUCAGGGCAUGUGUGGGGUAGGCUGAGACCCCACCACCAAAGUUGAGUGAGGUCCCUCUGAAUGAGGACUUCACCCCUUGAUUAAAGCAACUUUUGCUUCAGUGC